AUGAAUUUUACUUGUUACAACAAAUUUUUAUCUUCAAGAUUAUUCACAGUAACUAAUCUCAAUUUAGACUUUAGUUAUUCUUUACUAGGGGAUAUAGGGAUAACUAAUUUAACAAAUAUUUUGAAAAUGUACAAAAAUCUGAAAUAUCUCUAGCUCAAUUUAUUCCAUAACAAAGUUAAUGAUAAAAGUUUUAUAAAUUUAUGCUAAGGUUUGGAAUAUAUCAAGACCCUUAAAAGCUUUAUUCUUUGCCUAUCUGGCUCAAUAUUUGAUUUAGAAUCAAACUAAAUUACAGAUUUAAGUAUAACUGCUUUAUCAAAUACACUUAUGUAAUUAGAAAAUCUGAGAAUCCUACAAAUUUAAUUAGAGUAUCAAGAAAUUAGUGAUUAAGGUCUUUAAUAAUUAUGUUAAGGAUUAAGUUAUUGCUAAAAAUUAAAAAAAUUAGAUCUUAAUCUAUUUGCUAACAAUAUUAAAGAUGAGGGAUUUUCUGAAAUGGGUGUUUGCUUAGGGAAAAUGUAAAAGCUUACUAUUUUAAAUCUACAUCUUGGUUACAAUUAAAUCAAUGAUAAAGGUGUAAAAAAUUUUGUUAAAGAACUCUAAAAUAACAAAUAAAUUGUAUCUAUAAAGCUGUAGAUAUUUUAAUCUAAAACUGCUGAUAUAAUACCUUAUUUAGCUAAAUUAAUGAAGUUGAGAAAGUUAACAUGUCUUGAUUUAAAAAUUUGCUCAUUAUAUUGA